CCGAGCAGCAGCAUGCGGUUGACCGUCGUCGCUUGAGGUGUCGACGUGUUCGAGUGCGGGGCGGGAGUGACGGAGGAGAGAGGAGAGAGGCUGGCCGACGAUUAGGUAGCAAGCCAGUGCCGUUGGGAGGGAACCACCAUCCCAGCCUCACCGCAACACUUACCAAUCCCACCCAUCAGUCAUGACUCACCCGCCCAACAGACGUCUGGAGCGGUUUACCGGCUCCCUGAUUGCGUUGUCGAGCAGCACCCAAUGCACUAGUAGCUCCUUGAUAACCAUCACCGCCGUCCCCGACGGAAAUUCCUCUGGAGAGAUGGUCGAUUGGCCAAUGAACGGCUGGGACAUAACGACAUUGUUUUACGAUUUCCACCGUCUUUCGCAUCGGCCCAAAAUCUUCGAGGGUAUCACGGAAAGAUGCUAAAGGGAAAAAAAAAAAAAAAAAAAAAAAAAGAUCAAGGCAGGCAAGCAACUU